AGAUAUUCACUAUAUUCACUCUCACCUGUCAUAUUUCAGAAAAUGUCUAUAACAAUCCCUGGAUCCCUCGUAAACAAAACCAAAAAGCACUUCAUGGGUAUGCCCGCUCCGGCGGGCUAUGUUCCCGGUGUAGGAAGAGGUGCGACUGGUUUCACUACCAGAUCCGAUAUCGGACCAGCUAGGGAGGCAACAGAUGUGCCAGAAACGGGAACGGGACCACCGUCAAAGAAGCCAAAAGAGGAGACAGCUAAAGAUGAACCAGAAGAUUCACUCAAUGACACUAAUUAUGACGAAUUCGAAGGCUACGCCGGGAGUUUGUUCGCCAAAGACCCUUAUGAUAAAGAAGAUGAAGAAGCCGAUGAAGUUUACAUGGCCGUAGAAACUAGGAUCGAUGAACGGCGGAAAGAUUAUAGAGAGAAGAAGUAUAAAGAAGCUAUAGAGAAAUACCGAAAGGAAAGACCGAAAAUUCAGCAAGAAUUUUCUGAUCUGAAAAGGCAGCUGAGCGAGGUUACUGAAGAUGAAUGGGUCGCUAUACCAGAAGUGGGAGACUCGAGAAAUAAGGCAAAAAGAAAUCCACGCGCUGAAAGAUUCACUCCUGUUCCUGAUUCGGUCAUCGCUAUGUCUAUGAACUACGGUGAAACGACUUCCAUGCUUGAUAGCCGAAUUCAGUCAGGAAUGGCAACACCUUAUGGAUCUGGAUUCCAGAGCACAAUAGGUGGAUUGCAGUCGUCUCUAGGUGGAUGGAAAACAGGAAUCAACUCCGGCAUCUCGACAGGGAAUGAUCUUGAUUUGAUAAAAAUUGGUCAAGCGAGGAAUAAAAUCAUGGACAUCAAGUUAAACCAGGUAUCUGAUUCUGUUACUGGACAAACCGUCGUGGACCCGAAAGGUUACUUGACCGACUUACAGUCGAUGAUUCCACAAUAUGGAGGUGAUAUCAACGACGUGAAAAAAGCCAGGAUGCUUUUGAAGUCCGUCCGUGAGACAAAUCCAAAGCAUCCGCCCGCUUGGAUUGCUAGUGCUCGCUUAGAAGAAGUUGUAGGAAAAUUACAGGUCGCUAGACAUCUGAUCAUGGAGGGUUGUGAAAAGAAUAAGAAGAGCGAAGAUAUGUGGUUGGAAGCUGUUAGACUACAUCCUCCAGAAACGGCGAAAGCAAUUGUUGCCAAUGCUGUACGUGCAAUGCCUCAUAGUGUGCGUAUCUGGAUGAAGGCGGCAGAAAUUGAGACGGACCCAAAAGCUAAGAAGAAGGUGUUCCGCAAAGCUUUGGAGCAGAUUCCUACCUCUGUUCGUCUCUGGAAAGCAGCAAUAGAGUUGGAGGAGCCGGACGAUGCAAGAGUGUUGCUUACUCGAGCGGUAGAAUGCUGCAGUUCGAGCACGGAACUAUGGCUGGCCUUAGCACGACUGGAGACUUACGAGAAUGCUAGAAAGGUUCUCAACAAAGCUCGUGAGCACAUUCCCACAGAUCGCCAGAUUUGGUUAUGUGCCGCACGUCUCGAAGAAACUCGCGGUCAGAAGGAGAUGGUAGACAGAAUUGUGCAAAAGGCUUUGACUUCUCUCACAGCGAAUAUGGUCGAAUUGAACAGGGAGCACUGGAUGAAAGAUGCGGUUGAUGCGGAAAAGGCUGGAUGUACCCUUACGUGUCAAGCUAUAAUCCGUCAUGUUAUCGGCGCAGGAGUGGAAGAUGAGGAUAAGAAGGCAACCUGGCUGGAGGAUGCAGAUUCUUUCGCCAAACAAGGUGCUCUUGCAUGUGCUCGAGCAGUAUACGCUCACGCAUUAAAGAAUCUUGAAAAGCGUAAAGGAAUAUGGCUGGCGAACGCUCAUUUUGAGAAAACACAUGGAACAAGAGAAGAAUACGAAGCAGUGCUGGCUGACGCUACGGCGUCUUGCCCGCAAGUCGAAGUUCUUUGGCUAAUGUAUGCAAAAUCACGAUGGUUGCAUGGUGACGUAGCGGGAGCCAGAGAAAUCCUUGCUAAAGCUUUCGAACAUAAUGCCAACUCGGAAGGAAUCUGGAUGGCUGCAGUCAAGUUGGAGUCUGAAAACAAUGAAUUUGCUCGUGCUCGCCGUCUUUUGGACAAGGCUCGGCGAAACGCUCCAUCUGCUCGAAUUUGGAUGAAAAGCGCUCGACUGGAAUGGUGUCUUGGUGAUCUGGAUAGAGCUAAAGAAUUGAUUAGGGAGGGUCUCGAAAAGUAUCCCGAUUUUGCCAAAUUUUAUAUGAUGUUAGGACAGAUUGAUUUGCAAGAGGGUCAUUACGAUGAUGCUAGGAAAAUUUUGACAGAUGGAAUUAAAAAGUGUCCAGGAGCCAUUCCGCUCUGGUUGUUGCUGAGUCGUUUGGAAGAGUCCCAAAAACAGGUCAUAAAAGCUAGGUCUGAUCUAGAAAAGGCUCGAAUACGCAAUCCACGAAAUGAAGAUCUUUGGUUGGAGUCAGUUCGGCUUGAAAUGCGAUCUGGCCUGCGGGAGUUAGCUGCAGAAAGAUUGGCCCGUGCUUUGCAGGAGUGUGAAGGAUCAGGCCGCCUAUGGGCUGAAGCGAUAUGGAUGGAAGAAAGACACGGCCGUCGUGCUAAGUCUGUGGAUGCCUUGAAACGUUGUGAGCACAAUCCACACGUGCUUGUUGCUGCAGCACGACUCUUUUGGGCAGAAAGAAAGGUCAAAAAAGCCCGAGAAUGGUUUCAACGGGCCAUCAACGUUGAUCCGGAUAACGGAGAUGCUUAUGCACAUGCAUACAAGUUCGAGUUGAUGCUCGGUACAGAGGAGGAGCAGGCAAAGGUGCUGAAAAAAUGUGAGGAAGCAGAGCCGCGACAUGGUGAACUGUGGGUAGCUGUUUCGAAAGAUCCCAAGCAUUGGCGAAAGAAGACUGGUGAAAUUCUAAAAACAGUUGUCACGAAUAUUCAAGUACCAACAUGAUGUACAAAUUUUCGAUAUCUGGUUAUGUUUCUUGCUUUUGUUAGGGAAAGUAUGUUUGUGACGUUUGUGGAACUUCUUUGUUAUCAUGAUACUUUGAUUGUUUCCUAUCUCUAUGUAUAUAAAGCAGAGAGUUUGUAGAGAUGUAUG